AAAAAGAAAACAAGAAUGAUAUUCAAAGAAGAAGUUCUUAGUAUUCUAUUUUCACUCCAAACUUUGUAUUUUUUCUUUACAGUUCAAACAAAGUCGAGUUCACAGUAAAUUCAAGAAUAUAAAGGCGCUUGUUUUAAUUGAUCUUUGCUAUAUGUACGUUGAAAAAAUGUCACGAAAUCUGCAAGAAAUAAAGAGAGAAAAAAAAAAACAAAAAACUCGAGAAUAAAAAUUCUCUGAAUUUAUCCAAAAUCGAAUCAUUAUUCUUAAAGAGCGCAUGAAGUACAAAAUUCGAUUCGAUGUGAAACGUGACAGGAAAAUCAAAGAAAUUUGAAUUAGAAGCUAUGUAAAUGAGAAUAGGAAUUAUCUCAAAAAAUGAAAAAUCGUAUGUCAAAUGUAACCCAAGAAUUCGUCGAGUUUUUCUCGCGAAUUACUUGCUGGCUAUGGGAGACCAUCGAAAAGUUAUUCGACAUCAUUUUCGAUUUCUUGGCAAGGAUAAUCGAGCUGAUACUAGCGGUGAUGAACCUGAUUUUCCAGGUGAUCUGUUUCCUAAGGGACCUAGGCAUCGAAUCCAUGCAAACAUUCGUGAACGUGUUUCGAGGGAUUGUUAGAGUCAUUAGCAAUAUCACUUGCGAAGAAGUCGAGGAUUUCGCCUCUGCCUGCAUUGUUGUUUUGCUUUGGAUCGCGGCAUUUAACGUCGCCAAGAAUAUAAUAAAAAACUCUCGAAUAGCUGCGUUCCUUAACCCAGGAAACCCGGAUUCGAAUAAACUAGAAGAACUAGAAAUUUGUCCGGCGCAAAGAAGAACAGGGAGAAGGAUGAAUCGACGUUAUGGCAAACGACCUCGAGGUGAUCCUAUACUGGAACUCGACGAUUAGAAUAAAAGAAAUUACAAGAUUUAAAAAGGAGUGAUUAUACAUCUAACACAUGCAGUGAAUAAAAUCUAUACCAAGAAAGCUAUAAAAAAUAAAAUAUAUAUUUCCUUAUAAAUAUUAUUUCUUAUAUUUAUCAUUACAUCAUACACUUUUCAUUCGUAAAAAUUGGUACAGAAUUCUGACGGACGCUGCCAGAAAAGUUUCUCUAUUUACAAAAAUGUUUUGUAUAAAAUAACAAUGUGUAAACUCGUAUAUCAAAUACAAAAUUACACUUUGUAAUUUGUGUUCUAUUAUAUAUACAUAAUUAAAUAUAAAUCUUUAACAAAUAUCAAUUUGUAAAAGAGAGAUAUAUAAAAAAAAUUGUCAUUACAAAUUAUUUUCUAUUUCUUUUGUUGGAUAAAAAAAUAUAUUCAUAAUAGUUUAUCUCUUCUUUUACACAUUGAUAAAUAAAGUCUCGCUAGUAAUCUA